CCGAAGAAGAAGAAGAAGGAGCAGAAGCAGAAGAAGAAGAAGAAGAAAGUAGUCGCUGACUGGUAUUAAUUUAUAUUUAUUUUAUCAUUUGCUUAUUUUCUCAGGAAAUAAUCACGCAGGUAUCAAUCGUACAUUAACGUUCAACAGUGGCAGCAUCUCUCAGAAAUCUCGCCAUUAGCAGAGACUGAAGAUGCGUUAAAGAUGAGCAACCCAGUCUACUUUACAAGGGCCAAAGAGGAGGAAACGCUGUGGAUAGAAGGAAAGAGAGAAGCUGUCCCAACAUUGACUGGGGAGGAGGCCAGAGACUUUUACCAAAGCCUGCUGAGUGAUGGAGAAAGGCCAAGAGGUGGAGGAGUCGUGACGACAGGCAGAGUGAGAAGAGGAGCAGGACCCAAUCGAAGAAGAGGAGAGAGACAAAGACUACAAGCUGCUCAUGAUCAACCGGUCAUCAUCUCAGAGCGUGAUGGGCACAAACUCCUGCAAUGUGCCCAAGAGGGCAACACUCGUGGCCUAAAGGACCUCCUGCGGCGUGGCUGUGAUGUCAACUUCCGUGAUGAUUUUUACUGGACGGGUGUGAUGUGUGCCAGUCAGGCAGGGAAGAUAGAGGCUGUUCGGCUGCUCCUGCAGCAUGGAGCUGCUUGGGUGGGAGUGGUGGACAAACAGCGAUGCUCCUGCAGGACUACAGUCUACAUGCCUAGGGGAAGAGAUGCACGGGAUCUGGCCCUGCAGGCGGGUCACCAGGAUGUAGUGAGAGAACUGGAGCAGUUUAAUGUGUCAGAGAUCACAAACACACCCACUGCAAAUGAGGCAAACAGUGCUCAUUCUCAGUGGUGUAGUGUGUGUGCUGUGCCUUACACAGACAGCACUGAAAAACACAACCGGUCGACACUGCAUCAGUUCACUGAGCUCCGUCCCCCCGUUACCCCCCAGUACUGCCUGCCCUCCUCCAGCACCAGCUAUAAAAUGAUGCUUCGCUUAGGGUGGGACCCCUCUUCUGGUCUUGGACCUGCCCACUCCGGCCGCAAAAAUCCAAUCAGGACGAUACUAAAGAGGGACCAGACGGGCCUUGGGUACGGAAUGACCCCGCAGCCUAAAGUCACUCAUUUCCAAUCCAAAGAUCCUCAGGCAGUGCAACAGGUGCCUAAGGAGAGAAGAGGGAGACAGGAGAGAGAAACAAAGCUCAGUGCUAAAGAACUCAAGAGGAGAGAAGAGAGAGACAGGACAUGGGAGAGAGACUACCGUUCUUCAUUUAACAUUAACUGUUGACCUUUCUCUUUUGACCUCUGACCUACUGUGCUCUCAUAUGCAUAUGCGCUUAUAUGCUUUUAAUGGAAGCUAAGAAAGCAGUCCUUUUACUGUCCUGCAGCCUCAGGGCUCCAGACAAAAAGAAAUGACCAUGGAGGCAGUGGAUCCUAAAAUAACACAUUUCAUUGCCAAAUGACUUUUAGGUGCAAAAUUACAGAAUCGCUUGAUCAAGCACUGUCGUUCAUGCUUGGAACAUAUCAUGAUCUAUUGCAGCAGUUGAAGAUCUACUGGGAUAUGCGCUAAAUUCUGUAAAUUUACACUUUUCCAUUGUUGGAAGGUAAGCUAGCAUGUGGAACAGUUUCAGAAGACUGUGUAGUAGUUGUGUUUCUGUAUAAAUUUGUUUUCCAAUUUGAUGUAAGGGGGGAAAAAAUGUAAUUUGUUGAUUUGUUAUCCACAACUUUCUUGAACAGCCAUGACGGCUCUUUACUUCCAUUUACCUGUGUUCUCUUUCUGAUCUCCUUUAAAAUCUUUGUAGAAACUGCAUACACAUGAACUAGAAGAGUUUGACAAAUUGAGUUAAACAUGUGCUUUUGUCGAUUACCACAAAAAUAAGAUUUUGUAAGCAAAGAUUUCUAUAGAAGACCAACAAAAAUUAGAGAAGUAUGUCUGAGUGCAGUGCUCUCUGUCUUAUGUGCUCGCAGCUCUAAAAUUAAAAUAUCCUUUAAAUAGA